UGGCCACAGCACCACAACCGCGCACGCUGAGGAAUGCAUCGAGUCGCGCUGAAUCACGGAAGGGUUUUGACUGUUGCUGGAAAAACAAAUGCCGCCAGAGGAUGGUCGGUACUCUCACGCCACGGCACCCGGCGAGCCCUCUCUGACACCGGUGACAGCGGUGGAGGCUCUGACACCGGUGACAGCGGUGGAGGCUCGGGAGAGAGCUCUGGGCAAAAAGGAGGCGCAAGGGGAAGGCAGAAACAAGUAGGGGGUGCAGGAGGGGCCAAACAGCCCGCGGGCCGGGGCCGUGGAGCAUUUAGCCAGUUCCUGAGGACACACGAGCGGAAAAUCGGUAAGCAGUUGCGGAAGAUCGACGAGAUCCCGGAGGACGACCGUGGAGGGGACCCCGCCAGCGGACAGUUUGAGGACUCCGAUGAAGGUUCAGGCACUAAAAAGUUCGCGGGGACCGCAAGGGAUGAAGAGUUAUUAUUUGAAGAAAAGGAACCUGAAGACGACUCUAGGUCGUCCAAGUCGCAAGACGAUAAAUGGCAAGAGCAAUGGUUUUCGCACGAAGACAAGAGGUUGGACAAGUUGGGCUUGGAGCAGCCUGAAGGAGAAAUGGGAGGGGACCUACCGGAGCUUGACGACUGUGAGGAAGAUGACCACUUCGAUGCUGACGAUGAGUGGGACGACGAGGCCUGGAAAGGGUACACUCCGGAGCAAAUCGAAGAGUUCAAGAUACUGGGCGCCAGACUCGAGGAAGAGGAGAGCAAGCAGAUGGCAGACUUGCGCAGGAGGUGGAAGGAGACGAAGGCGGACUCAGUGAAGAAACACGGAACUGCGGAGCACCUAGAAUUACCGGAUAUCGUUAUCAAGCACGAGAUCACAUACGAAGCACCUCCGGGCAAGGCCAACGCAGACCGCUCCAUGCCAACACCACGCCCAGUGGAAACAAUCGUCGACAGCAUGCAGCUUCCCCCUGGCCUCGACGUGACGCCGGACGACCCAGAGUACGAGGAGGUGGUAAAGAUGUGGAUGACCUUGUCCCGCAACAACACAAUGGACGAGAGAAUGAAGAAAAGUAUCAUUGGGCAAAUCUCCACGUUCAUCGCCAAACACCGCAACUCGGAUGCCUUCCAAAAGGCCUUGGAGACGCAGGACUUCCCGGAAGUACGUGGCAGGCGGCCACGUUGAGACAUGCUAUAUAGUGCAUACAGCAUGUCGGCCCACAAACCUUGGCGGUGGCUAUUUUUGGUGUCCGUGGAAGGCUACCAAGGCCGUACAUACUGCCACCAUUUGGAGGGCGCAGACUAGAAAGACGUAGUCAAGGAAGUACCUCAACCAGCCCAUCGAGUCUGCGUUACGCUGGGCUUUAGGGCGAAGGCGAUCUCGACAACCCCGUCUUGUUACAUUGCUCGCAUGCUGCCUGCGUUUUAGCAUGACAGAUGGAGUUGGUUUGCGGUCCUAGGUUCCACGGCGUAGGUUAUUGAGACGCGCCUCCAGUUCGCUCAUUCCGGCGUCUCCCCCACCAGCCCCUGGCUGUGCUGGUGGCUGUGGCCCUCCCCCACCUCCCCCGCCAGCUUCAGCAGCAGCAACGGGCUGUCUAGCCGCUUCCGCCGAACUGGCAGCCCCUUGCGCCACUCCAGUCGUUGGAGCUUCUGGUACCCCCUCGUCGAAUGACACUCCAAUCUCAUCCAAGACCUGAACAUGAAUGUUUGUCCACGGCAGCAGAGAUUUGAAGCGAUUUUACAUGCAAGGUUCUAGGCGCUUUCGCGCCACCGCCCAAAGUGAACGAUUCCUAGGCAAAGAUCGAUCCGGAGUGCAGAGGCCAGGCAGUAGGUCAAACGUGCGCUGACCAACUGCUGUGUUGCAAUGUGUUGAUUGGAGAGUGUACUUGAUUGCAGGACCACCAGGAGGAGGUCGGGUACAUCUACACAUGUAUCUACAUUUGGAAGAACGGACUAUACUUCAAUUAUUACUGGCG